AUGGCAGGAGUUAAUGAGGCGGAGACUAUCCGCAUUCUCAUCUCAACUGAUAACCAUGUCGGUUACAAUGAAAGAGACCCCAUUCGAGGCGAUGACAGUUGGAAAACUUUCCACGAAAUCAUGUGUCUUGCCAAAGAAAAAGACGUGGACAUGGUGUUGUUGGCGGGAGAUUUAUUCCAUGAGAAUAAGCCAUCAAGAAAGUCCAUGUACCAAGUGAUGCGAUCAAUCCGAAUGAACUGCUUUGGUGAUAAACCCUGUGAACUGGAGCUUCUGAGUGAUGCGAGUGAAAAUUUCCAAGGGGCUUUCAACCAUGUUAACUACGAAGAUUUGGAUAUGAAUAUCGCUAUACCUGUUUUCUCCAUUCACGGCAACCAUGAUGACCCAUCAGGCGAAGGACAUCUCGCAGCCCUUGAUCUGCUACAGGUAUCCGGUCUCCUCAACUACUAUGGGCGUACCCCGGAGUCGGACAACAUUGAAAUCAAACCAGUACUUCUCCAGAAGGGACGAACUAAGCUUGCUCUAUAUGGAAUGAGCAAUGUUCGCGAUGAGCGCUUGCACCGUACUUUUCGAGAUGGCAAAGUGAAAUUCUUCCAGCCGUCUGUCCAAAAGAACGACUGGUUCAAUCUCAUGUCCGUACAUCAGAACCACCACAAAUACACCGAAACUGGCUAUCUGCCAGAAACCUUCCUACCCGGAUUUAUGGACUUCAUCCUAUGGGGCCACGAGCACGAAUGUCUCAUUGAUCCUCGGCUUAACCCAGAGAUGGGCUUCCAUGUCAUGCAGCCGGGAUCUUCUGUGGCCACUUCACUAGCACUUGGAGAGGCAGUACCAAAGUCAGUCUCCAUAAUGAGUAUCACAGGUCGGGAAUUCAAGUGCGAGCCAAUCCGGUUGAAAACCGUACGGCCGUUUGUCAUGCGAGAAAUUAUAUUAUCCGAGGAAAAGGGUGCCCAAAAGUUGGCCCGCAAAGACAACAAUCGAACCGAAGUGACUCGGCUUCUCAUGGAGAUCGUCGAAGAAUUGAUUGAAGAAGCCAAGACAAGCUGGCUAGAAGUGAAUGGUGAAACUAAUGAAGAUGACGAUGUUCAAGAGAUGCCCCUUCCGCUCGUCCGACUCCGUGUUGAGAUAUCUACGCCCGAAGGUGGAAGCUACGAGUGUGAGAAUCCACAAAGAUUUUCCAAUCGAUUUGUGGGAAAAGUUGCUAAUGUCAACGAUGUUGUGCAAUUCCACCGCAAGAAGAAAAGUGCAACCUCGAGAAAGACUGAUACGACUGACGAAGCAACUGUCUCGCAUCUAUCGGGCCUGGAUACUGUCAAGGUAGACCAACUAGUCAAAGAAUUCCUCGCAUCGCAGUCGCUCAGCAUUCUACCUCAAAACACAUUCGGCGAUGCCGUGGCUCAAUUCAUUGACAAGGACGACAAGCAUGCCAUGGAAAUGUUUGUGAAUGAGUCCUUGGAGAGCCAAGUCAAACAUCUCAUGGCUUUAGAUCGUGAUGAAGAUGACGAGGAUGACGACGGGAGAGUUGAGAGUUCUUUGGUUACAGCUAUGGAAAAAUACCGCACCGAAAUGGAAGACUUAUUUACCCGAGGUGUCAAAAAGCGAACCACGCGCGGUAAAAAGCGCUUCAAGCCUAAGCCGGAUGGGUGGGACAGCGACUUCGAUGGCAUUUGGGAAGACCAACCGGGGGCACUUAUUCAUUCAGAUAAUGAAGGCGGUGACCCAGCUGAAGAAGAAGCAGGAGAAGAUGGCUCCGCCCCAGCUCGAAGUCGUGCGGCGGCAACAUCUACGCGCGCUCGGGGAAGGGGCCGUGGCCGAGGUGCAACUGCCAGUACUCGGGGCUCCACCAAAGCUGCUGCUCCAUCCCGAGCACGCAAGUCCAAGGCUCUCUCUGAGGAAGAAUCGGCCGAUGAUGUGAUCAUGUUGGAUGAUGAUGACGAUGAACCUACUCAUGUCGUUUCGGAGGAUGAUGACUCACAAGCUUUGUUUGUCAAGCAGCCUCGUGCAACGGCACCACGAGGGAGCGGACGUGGAGCUAGAGCGACUGCUACUACGCGCAGCCGUGGUGGACGCGCAGCAGCUUCGCCAGCUCCAUCGUCGGCUACUGUUGGGGCCACUGCUCCGCGUCGAGCAGCUGCUAGGUCCUCCAGAACAACCCAGCCCACACAAACAACUCUCGAUUUUGUGGGUUCACAGGCCAGUGUAGCCCGACCUUCUCGAACAGCACGACCAGCUCGAAAGAUUAGCAUUAGCGAUGAUGAUGACUCAGACUCAGCCUUUGAACCGGCCUAG